AUGCCACCAAAGUUCGACCCCAGCGAGGUUAAGAUUCCUCCCUUCGUUCUCGCGACUCUCCACGACCUGUCUAUCGCGUUGCCCGUGUGCUACUUCCCCGUGUCACGACGUUCUGCUGCUUUCUGCGCUGCCCCCUACGCCAAAAUCCCCUUCCCAAUCCGUUCGCCAAAUUCCUCCCCCCGUCCCAUCAUCUACCUCCGUGCCACCGGUGGUGAGGUCGGUGCCUCGUCCGCUCUUGCCCCCAAGAUCGGUCCCCUUGGUCUCUCGCCCAAGAAGGUCGGAGAGGACAUUGCCAAGGCUACUGGCGACUGGAAGGGUCUCCGCGUGACCGUCCAGCUCACCAUCCAGAACCGUCAGGCCACCGUCUCGGUCGUCCCCUCGGCUUCGUCGCUCGUCAUCAAGGCCCUCAAGGAGCCCCCUCGUGACCGCAAGAAGGAGAAGAACAUUAUCCACUCGGGUAACGUCGCUCUUGACGAGAUCUACAACAUUGCCCGCAAGAUGGCCCACAAGUCGAUGGCCAAGGACCUCGCCGGUGGUGUCAAGGAGAUCCUCGGCACUGCCCAGUCGGUCGGCUGCACCGUUGACGGCAAGCCCCCCCACGACAUCAUCGAGGCCAUUGACGAGGGCGAGAUUGUUGUCCCCGACGAGUAA